AUGAGCGCGGAAGCCGAGGUCCCCCGGACGGGGACCGGUGGCAGCGGCUCUGCGGCCCCUAGGCCAGGCUCGCCCGCCGCCAUGGAGCCGACGCUGCCGCCUCCUUUCCCGCGGGCGGUGCCGGGGGCAGGCCUAUUCGGGUGGCUGCGCGGGCGCUGCCUGGGCCGCAGCGCCUCCGUGGACCCGGCACGGGACACGUUCCGCGCUAUGACCGGGCUUUACGGCUCCAUCCAGCCCGCCGACUCCAUGUAUCUCAGCACCCGCACGCACGGCGCCGUCUUCAACCUCGAGUACUCACCCGACGGGUCAGUGCUGACUGUUGCUUGUGAACAGACUGAAGUACUGCUUUUUGACCCAAUAUCUUCAAAGCACAUCAAAACUCUCUCUGAAGCUCAUGAAGACUGUGUAAAUAAUAUCAGGUUUCUAGAUAAUCGACUGUUUGCAACUUGUUCUGAUGACACUACAAUAGCACUUUGGGAUUUAAGAAAGCUGAACACAAAAGUGUGUACUUUACAUGGUCACACCAGCUGGGUUAAAAACAUUGAGUACGAUACCAAUACAAGGUUACUAGUGACAUCAGGAUUUGAUGGAAAUGUGAUCAUCUGGGACACAAACAGGUGCACAGAAGAUGGAUGUCCCCACAAGAAGUUUUUUCACACCCGUUUUCUUAUGCGAAUGAGGCUGACGCCAGACUGUUCCAAAAUGUUGAUCUCAACUUCCUCUGGGUAUCUUCUGAUUUUGCAUGACCUUGACCUAAACAAAUCUUUAGAGGUUGGCAGCUACCCAAUUUUAAGAGCGAGGAGAACUACUUCAUCAAGUUCAGAUGUAACUUCAUCAGGUUCCUCUGGUCCUCGAGCUGUUGGUUCACCAUGUCACCAGAAUGAUUCAGGUCCACUGUCUGAGAAACACAUGUCACGGUCCUCCCAGCGGGAAGGUGGAUCACCUAGAAAUAGUUUGGAGGUCUUAACACCAGAGGUUCCUGGAGAAAGAGAUCGAGGCAAUUGCAUUACGUCACUACAGCUGCAUCCAAAAGGUUGGGCUACACUUCUUCGAUGCUCAAGUAAUACAGAUGACCAGGAGUGGACUUGUGUCUAUGAAUUCCAGGAAGGAGCUCCUGUGCGCCCUGUCUCACCUCGUUGUUCCCUGCGAUUGACUCAUUGCAUUGAAGAAGCCAAUGUGGGCCGAGGUUACAUCAAAGAACUUUGUUUCAGUCCUGAUGGCCGAAUGAUUUCAUCUCCACAUGGCUUUGGGAUCCGUUUGUUGGGGUUUGAUGCACACUGCAGCGAACUUGUUGACUGUUUGCCCAAAGAAGCCAGUCCCCUGAAAGAAAUCCGUUCCCUCUACUCUCACAAUGAUGUGGUACUGACAACCAAGUUUUCUCCAACACACUGUCAGGUUGCCUCGGGGUGCCUUAGCGGACGCGUUUCUCUGUAUCAGCCAAAAUUCUAGGCACAUCUUGCAUCAAUGGGACCUUCACGUGGUUGUGGGUUUUACUUCAGUUUAGUUGGAGUGUGUUCUUUCUGAGAUCUCCAAAUGCAUAUAAGAUCAUGGUUACUAUGAUCUCCGAACACAGUAGUAGAAUGAGUUUUCAGCCCAGCACUCUAUGCAUUUUCAUAGUGCAUCCACAAAUCUGCUUCCAUGCACUGUAUUUUCAGCCUUCCAAGCAGACCUCUGAUCCUGUGACCUCAGGUCAUUGUUCUGGUUUGUUUGUACCAUAAUACUUGUUGAUAAUUUCUUUCAAUGCAACUUCAAAUGGGCUAUUAGAAACUAAUGUAGAGGGGACAAGGGUAGCAGUUCAGCCGAAACUCAGCCAGGCUCCUGUUUCAACACCUCCUUGUUUCAAAGAACUGGACUUCCUCACGUACACAUUCUUGUGCACAUUGCUGAAACUACUAUAUGGUGAUUAUUAGAUAAGGAGCUACUUUUCUGUGUGAUAACACAGUUACUGUCAUAAAAAGAAGAGGUUUUUCUCAUUUAUGGAUUCGAUUGUGAUUGGCUAAAAAUUGUAUCAACUUUCUGUAACGUUUUGCUACACUUAAAACAUACGGUUUUCUGUGGUUGCAUAUACUGUGUUUAUUGCCAGAAGGAAGAGGUUCUGGAGAGAGAUGUAGCUGCAUUUGUUUUCUCCAGGGAAUUUAGUAGGAAAAGUCUGGGACAAUGAAGCAAGGAGCUGAAUGGGUGAAGACCCUGUCCUCUGUCCACUGCAGACAAACUGGAUGUUUUGUACAGCGGGGAUGUCCUUGGUUGGCCUCUUAUAGGCAUAUGUGACUCCUCAGCCUCUAGGGUUACUGUUGUAAGGAGCCUUCUGCACCAGCAACAUAAAUCUCCAUCCUGCAUUUAAAAGUUAACACUGCAGAAUUUUCUGCUGAAGUUAAGGCUGUUUGCCACCUGACUAUUCUUCCACAUCUUGCCUGCACCAUUGCUGUGAGAGGAAUUAAUCUAGAAUAUAUUCCAUAGUAUCACCAGGUAGACUUUUUUCACAUGUACUGUUUUGGAAUGGAUUAAAAACAUGACUGUCUACAGCAAGAUCUAUUUUUACUUAACUGGGCUUUUCAUAUGAUGUGAAAAACAUUCAUGUUUACCAUUAAAUCACGUACAAAGUAUGAAUGCUAAGUUUUAGCCCUUGAGUUAAUAUAGCUACCCUUGUAAGUAGUUAUUUCAGUCUUGUACAUUCAAAUCAGUUUAUAAUAUUCUCAUUGCUUGUAUGUUCCAAAAUGUGAGGGUUUUUUGUUGUUUUGUUGUUGUUAUUUUUUUUUGUGGGAUUUUUACUUCUUACUUGUGUGUGUGUGUGUGGUUUGGUUUUGUGUUGGGGUUUUUUUUGUGUGUACCUCACUAAGGUUUUGCUGCUGCUCAGUUCAGCAGGAAACCUUACCUAAAGGAGACUGUUAUAUUUUGGUGUUCAGAUUUCACUAUCUCUGACUCAACAGAGCAUGCUUUUUUACAAAGCCUUCUAUGAAACACAUCUAGGGAAAAAGAAGACAUUGGUGAAGGUGAGAUAGCUGAAAAUACAUAAGCCUGAUGAUCCUUUCAUAGUUUUGAAUUUGUGUAGGUAGCAAACACUACAGCAGUAUACACUGGGUGUUGGUGGAGCAGUCAUUGAAAGUUAAGGUUCUUACACAUUAUGAGAAAAAUAAUUUAAAUUUCAUCUUUUGGAGAAAUUGUUUAGUAUUAAAAAGCCUUCAAUAUUGCACAUUUUGUAAUCUGAGGACUGAGGACUCAAUUACUCCUGCAUUAGGUUUUCAGCAUGUUUAUCAUGUCUAGUAGUCUUUCUGCAUCUGACUGAUGCACUGUCAGCACAGCUGAUAGAUUUCUGGUUUAUUGUUUGGUAAAAGUCCUAACUUUUCUGUUCUCACGAGUUUUAGCAGAAUGAUUUGGUGACAGUAUCUCAGUAGAACAUUAUCCCAGCUGGAGGAGGAAGAACAGUUUUUAAAGUGAAUAUACUCAGUUAACUUAAAAUGCAAAUGAAUGCCCAUAGUCUUCCCAGCAACUGUAAGUUAAAAUGUUACAGAGCAUAUCUUCUGGGCAAUUUUGUUGCUGAAACUAUUGUCUUGGACCCAAAAGUAGAUCAAGGAAAUAAUAAAUAGACAUGUCCCAUUUUCUGUAACAGUGACUCUGAAGUUCAAGCACUUGCACCUUUUGAAUACUUUUGGUACUCUCUGCAAGGAAUACAAUUCACUUUAAGUUAAUUGCCCAAGCCAUGAAAUAACUAAAUAAAAUAUGCAAGUGUAUCUGAGACCAGUUAUAAAUACAUCACUGGAGCCCAGCUUCUUUUGCAUACAUGUGAUCUGAAACUACGUAUGGGGCAACAUGGAUCUGCUGAUCUGUUAGAAAGAGUUCAGGGGGACUUCUCUCAUCUGUGACAUAAAAGCAGUGAAAGUGAACUGUGCACCAAACUUGAGGCUGUUCGUGGAACACAAAUUUGUUAUGCAAAAGAGGAGCUAAACUGUUUGCAGGGGGACCCAAACCAAACAAAACCCACAAAAGUGUUAACUGUGUGGCAAAACUUCUGCAUACAGUGUUCUUGGCAUUAGAUCAGCGGAAGUGCUAAGUUACAUGUGCCUGAAAUAUUCUGAAACAAUGCAUUGUGACUGUAUGAACACUUGCAUUUCUCUGCACUCCCCUCCAUUAAAAUUUGUUGCCUGUUAGUAAUAAACAGGUUCUACCCCUAUCCCUGCAGUGGACUAUGAUGGCUUUUCCCUAAGCACUCGCUUCUAGGCUACUGUUUUCUCACCUCACUGUUUUACUAAACACCAUUAAAGGGACUACAGGUAACUGAAGAUACCUUACUGUUCUCAUAGGCUUGAACUGUGUUCAUUUUGGAGGUAAAGCAGCACACAGGAAAUCAAAGUAGUUCUUGGGUCUGUUUGUUUGUUUUCAUGGCUGGUUUUGGUUUUUCAUCCCAGAAAUUCUUGGAACUGGUAGACUGCUUAUGACUUUAAUUCUACACCUGUUAAUAUGCACUGAGUGUUACUUUUUUAAUUCUACCUCAUGAUCCACUGUUUUUUACAAGUGUAUUGUGCUGAAACAUUGGAUAAUAACUUUUCUGUAUAAAGAAAUUUUACUCCCAAGUGACAUGUCAUCACAGCAUUGUGGCUGGACCAGCCUUGCCCAGCUCUGGAAACCAGAGCCACUGAACAGGAGUGUAGGAUUGAUGCUAGAAGUUGACAUUGAUCUGAUUAAGGGAUUUGAUGGUAACACUGAUGUUUUUGUAACGUGUCCAACGGAUGCAUAUUAAGAUUAAUGCUGUCCAUCUAUGCUGUAGAAAUGUUACUUAGUUCUUCUGAUUAUAUUGGUAAUAAGUUGAGUUAGCAUAAGUAAGUAAUGCUAGGUUUUGAUAAUUUGAUUAUUCCCUUUCAACAGAACUUGGAAAUUUUCAAUGAAAGUUAAUCGACUUUACCUGUGAAGUUCAAGCAACACUUACUGAAACGUUGUUCAGUAGUUCAUAACUGAUACGCUUUGCAGUUGCAGGCUUAUCAUAACUGAUACAUCUUUCCACCAUCUUGGUGGAAAGAGUAAUUUUCAGUUAUUUCUGAAUAGUAUUACCUUACCUUAUUGAAUUAAUGAACUAAUUUGCUGGUGAGCUUUGGAUUAUUUCUAGAUAGUAAAAAAAAAAAAAAAAGGUUUAUCUUGCUGUUAUGUUUCAAAAGAUGAAUUCUUAACCUUCCAUAAAUAUAUAAACCUGAAAUAAAUACAAAAAUGUUUCAAAUGGUAGGUGAAAGACUGCAGAGACGGCACUAACAGCUAAGUCAGCUAUUGACUUAUAUGAGAGGUUUCUUUAAAAUGUUUACUUUUGACCACUUAAAUGUUUAUCAUUUGAUAGAUUUUACAGUAUUUAUACUGAAUAAGAGAUCUCAAUUUGAUUGUAAAGCAUGUAGGAUGUUUUUUAAAUGGAUGGUUUCAUAUUUGUUAACUUCUGUAGUAAAAGCAUUCCUCCAUUCACAGCAGAGCUGAUCAGCAAAAGCAGAUACACUGUGUAAUUAAUAUCUCUACAGGAAUGUCAACAUAUAGGAACAAUGACAGGAACCAAACCAGUGUCUGAAGCUGGUAAUCUUCUGUAAUAGUCCAGUGACUGUAUGUUGUGGGAGUAAAUGCAUUUUCUGAAUAUUCCGUUAGAGUUCAGUCUGUAAAUCACUACAGCACUGUUGGACAUUUGUGGUAGGGUGAGAAACUAUUAAUGGGACUGUACAAUGACAUUUGUGUAUAUGUACUUUAUCUGUAUGAGGUAAUUUCAUUUCAGUAUGUAUGCAGCCAUGGGGCAUGGGCCCACUUGUCAAACAUGGGUAGUUCAGGGAAAAAUGUAACCUCCAAACAGAACUAUUGGGGAUAGAAAGAAAAGCACAGUGGUAUAGACAAGACACACACACACGCACACUUGUUUGCACUCUUGGAAGUCUUGAUAAGGACAGUUUGAUUGCCUACUAUCAGAAUUAGAAUGUAUGCAUCAGGUUCUUACGGCAUUUUGAGGGAUGGUGUGAUUGAUUUUCGUGGGUUUUUUUUCUUUGUGUGGUGGUGGUGAAUUGGUUUUGGUUUUUAAUUUGUGUUACUGAUGUGGAAAUGGUCCUGAUAGCAUAAAACAUGGGUUUGUUGCUUUAUGAAAUAUGAACUCUUAGAAAAAAGAAAUACUCUUGCCAAAUGAAAACUUUUAAAAAAUCUAGUUUACAAGAUUCUAAAAAGUUGGAGUAAAAGAAAAAAGUCAACAGCCUGCAGGAAAAGAAACUUCUCAUUUCCUGAUCUUAGUCAAAGGUGCAUUUUUCUAAAGCACUAAAUAACUUCAGUUAAGGUUUUUAUUACAAGAAUAAAUUGUGCAUGUAGAAUAUUUUGAAAUAUCUGAGAUUUCAUAGUAAAAAUUGUAGCCUUUUAAUAUACUAUAGGAAGUACCAGACCUGCUCUUAAAAUAUUGUACUUACAGUCAUACAGUACCUUACUAUUUGUGGACAGUUUCUCUUGC